UUCCGUCCGCAUUAGUGUGUACAUCCACGUUCACGUACCCGUCUGAGACCACAUCUUGGCGUCACUUCCUGGAUGAUGUCAAGCGUUAGCGAGUUCGGCGAUGAGGGGAGUAGAAGCGGCGCAGCGUGAGCCGAGAAAGGAGGAUGAGGUGGAGGAGGAGGCUGUAGAGACGGGACGCGCUUGACACUAGCACCACUAACCUGGGGGAAGAUUGGCACUCAGACAUGGGGAACAAAAAGGAAUUUUAAUUACAUAAGAGCAAACCUGGACGCAUUGUAAUUAACGCGCUCACGAGAACUGGGAAAAGGAUAUAUGCUUUUAAAAAAUUGUUGUUUGGCAGCGAGAAGAUUACACAAGGAUGCUACGGUGGAUCCGACAACAGUUGGCACAAAAACAAACAAUGGCACAUAGAUACCAUAAUACCAAGUGAGCCUGAAGAGAAAAAUGUGAAGCAAUUUCUAAAUUCAAGACAAGAGAAGAAGCCGUUUUAAUUGGUAGUACAUUUGAAUACAGGAAAGAUCCAGCUUCAUAGAAGCAGACUAGUGAUGUGACCAAAAGCAUGCUGAACAUUGGGAGAUGAAUAUCCAAUGACAAUGAUGCCACUUGACAAAGGGUUUUGACCCACCCCACCAAAGUGAAACAAGGACGGUUUAUAUAGCUAAUCGGUUUCCUGAGCAUGGUCACUAUGUGCCCCAGAAAUUUGCAGACAACAGAAUCAUAUCAUCCAAGUAUACGGUUUGGAAUUUUGUUCCCAAGAACUUAUUUGAACAGUUCCGAAGAAUAGCCAAUUUUUAUUUUCUUAUAAUAUUUCUUGUUCAGCUCAUGAUUGACACCCCUACUAGUCCCAUCACCAGUGGACUUCCGUUAUUUUUUGUAAUCACAGUGACAGCCAUAAAACAGGGUUAUGAAGACUGGCUGCGACACAAAGCAGACAAUGAAGUCAAUGGAGCCCCUGUUUAUGUUGUCCGAAGUGGCAGCCUUGUACAAACUAAAUCAAAAAACAUAAGGGUCGGGGAUAUUGUAAGAGUAGCCAAAGAUGAAACUUUCCCUGCAGAUUUAGUUUUGUUGUCCUCUGACAGAGAAGAUGGGACAUGUCACAUCACUACAGCCAGUUUGGAUGGAGAGACUAAUCUAAAGACUCACUUUGCAGUUCCUGAAACAGCAGUGGCUCAGUCAGUCUCCAGGCUGGAGGCUCUGGUAGCCAUUAUAGAAUGCCAGCAACCAGAGGCAGAUCUGUACAGAUUUAUAGGACGAAUAACUGUUACUCAGCAGGAAGAAGAAAUUGUAAGGCCUUUAGGAUCAGAAAACCUACUCCUUCGAGGAGCAAGAUUGAAAAACACCAAAGAAAUUUUUGGUGUGGCCGUGUACACGGGCAUGGAGGCAAAAAUGGCUUUGAAUUACAAGUGCAAAUCACAGAAACGCUCCGCUGUUGAGAAGUCAAUGAACACGUUUCUGCUCAUCUACCUGGGAAUCCUGUUGUUUGAAGCCAUUCUGAGCACCAUCUUGAAGUAUGCAUGGCAAGCUGAAUCAAAGUGGGAUGAGCCAUGGUAUAACCAAAAGACUGAGCAAGACAGGAAUAGCAGUAAAAUUUUGAGGUUCAUCUCAGAUUUUCUUGCUUUCCUUGUUCUGUACAAUUUCAUCAUCCCCAUCUCGCUGUAUGUAACUGUGGAGAUGCAGAAGUUUCUUGGCUCCUUUUUCAUUGGCUGGGAUCUUGAUCUGUAUCAUGAGGAAACUGACCAGAAGGCACAAGUGAAUACCUCUGACCUAAAUGAAGAACUGGGGCAGGUGGAAUACGUGUUUACUGACAAGACCGGGACCUUGACAGAAAACGAAAUGCAGUUUCGUGAAUGCUCCAUUAAUGGCAUUAAAUACCAUGAGAUCAGUGGCAAAUUGGUCCCAGAAGGAAUGACAGAUGAUUCUCCUGAUGGAUAUUUACCAAGACUGAGUGGAGAGGAAGAGCUCUUCCUGAAGGCAGUCUCACUUUGUCACACAGUGCAGAUCAGCUAUGAUCAAACAGACGGCCUAGAGGACAGUUUCAGGCAUGCCAAUGGUAUGUCAUCUCAGAUGGAAUACUAUGCCUCUUCACCAGAUGAGAAAGCUUUAGUGGAGGCUACAAAAAGGAUUGGUGUAACCUUCGCAGGAAGCAAUGGGGAAAAUAUGGAAAUUAAAACAUUCGGAAGAUCAGAGAAGUAUAAACUGCUGCAUGUUUUAGAGUUUGAUGCCAAUAGAAGAAGAAUGAGUGUUAUUUUACAAACACCAUCAGGAGAAAAGGUGCUGUUCACUAAAGGAGCUGAGUCUUCUAUUCUUCCAUUUAUCCGAAGUGGAGAAAUAGAAAAAACAAGGGUCCACGUAGAUGAGUUUGCUUUAAAAGGAUUGAGGACUCUUGUGGUAGCCUGUAGACACUUCACUCCUGAAGAAUAUCAGGAGGUGGACCGGCGCCUGCAAGAGGCCAGGACUGCACUGCAACAGAGAGAGGAGCGCCUAGCUGAGGUCUUCAGCUUCAUUGAAAAAGACCUGGAGCUCCUGGGAGCCACCGGAGUGGAAGACAAGUUACAAGAGAAAGUCCAGGAGACUAUUGAAUCCCUCAGACUGGCUGGAAUUAAAGUGUGGGUGCUAACAGGGGACAAGCACGAAACUGCUGUCAGUGUUAGUUUGUCCUGUGGACAUUUUCACAGAACUAUGAAUAUCUUGGAACUUGUACAGCAGAAAUCUGACAAUGAAUGUGCAGAACAGCUGAGGAGUCUUGCCAGAAGAAUUAAGGACGACCAUGUGAUCCAGCAUGGCCUGGUUGUUGAUGGAGCCAGCCUUUCUCUAGCACUCAGGGAGCAUGAGAAAUUGUUUAUGGACAUCUGCAGAAACUGCCCAGCCGUGCUUUGUUGUCGCAUGGCACCCCUGCAGAAAGCAAAAGUGGUACGACUGAUAAAGACAUCUCCAGAGAAGCCCAUCACAUUGGCUAUCGGUGAUGGAGCCAAUGAUGUUAGUAUGAUUCAGGAGGCCCAUGUGGGUAUAGGGAUCAUGGGUAAAGAGGGAAGGCAAGCUGUCAGAAACAGUGACUAUGCAAUUGCAAGAUUUAGAUUCCUCUCAAAGUUACUGCUGGUCCAUGGUCACUUCUACUAUAUUAGAAUAGCAAAUCUUGUACAGUACUUUUUCUACAAGAAUGUGUGUUUUAUCACACCCCAGUUUUUAUACCAGUUCGUCUGUCUGUUUUCACAACAAACGCUGUAUGACAGUGUAUACCUUACACUGUACAACAUCUCUUUCACAUCCCUGCCCAUUCUGGUGUACAGUCUCUUUGAACAGCUGGUGCACCCCCAUGUGUUACAAAGCAAACCUGCUCUUUACAGAGACAUAAGCAAAAAUUCCCUCUUGUCUUUCAAAUCCUUUUUGUAUUGGACAUUACUAGGAUUCUCUCAUGCCUUGGUGUUCUUUUUCGGUUCAUACCUUUUAAUGGGAGAAGACACCUCAUUAAUGGGAAAUGGAAAGAUUUUGAAAGCUAACAGGCAACUGAUGUUUGGCAACUGGACAUUUGGCACCUUGGUCUUCACAGUUAUGGUCAUUACGGUAACAUUAAAGCUAGCUCUAGAGACACAUUUCUGGACGUGGAUGAACCACUUUGUGACGUGGGGGUCCAUAGCAUUUUAUUUCAUAUUCUCCUUAUUUUAUGGAGGAAUCAUUUGGCCAUUUUUGCACACACAGGACAUGUAUUUUGUCUUCGUUCAGUUGCUGUCUAGUGGUUCUGCCUGGUUUGCCAUUAUCAUCAUAGUCAUUAUCUGCCUUUUCCCUGAUGUCAUAAAGAAGGUUUUAUACAGACAUGUUCAACCAACGACCACCCAGAAAGCACAGCUUACCGAAACCUAUAAAGGCAUCAACUGCUUGGACGCAAUGUGCUGUUUCUCAGACGGGGAGACGGCUUGUGCGCCAGUGGGAAGAAUUAUGGAGAGAAUGAUGGGCCGAUGCAACCCAUCGCGGCUUAGAAGACUUUGGAGUGACCCGGACCCCUUCAAUUCCAACGACAGAAGCAUCUUGACACUCUCACCUAUGGAGGCCACUUCCUGCUAAUGUAUCAAGGACAUUAUCACAGCUAAAUGAGUCAUAUAUAAUUUAAGUGCUCUGGUUAUUUAAAAAAUGAGCAUACAUGCAUUUUUUUUUUUUUUUUUCUUUCCUGGCUUUGACCAAUUUGACUCACCUUUUUAUUUAUGGAGAUUAAAGUGGCAUCAAUAUUAGUUAGUUAGUUAAACCACCUUCUGAGCUCAUCAAACUGCAGUAGAAGUCACUUGUAGUUUUCUUUCCACAAAGAGAAAACAAAUGGACACAUCUUUUAAUAGCUUACUGAUUACUGCAACUGUACCGUUUUGAAUGUUUAGCUAUGGGUAAAGGUUUUGCAUCACCCUAUAGAAUUGAGUAAUUUUGCUUCAUAAAGGCUAAUGAAACCUGCUGAGUAAUGUUACGUUAACAUAUUGAAUUGCAUACCGCUUUGAAAUACUGUACUACUAUUAUGGCUUCCAGUACACACUUGUGAUAUCAUUUUGUUGUUUCUUUGAUUACAUGAUGUUAAAUAAAAUAUCUAAGUUGUGUUCAUAUAGUUUGUUUUUUUAAAAUUCUGUCUCAAUCCUAAAAAUCUAGGUGAUGCAAAACCUUUGGUAAUAGCUAUACUUUGUAAUUUUUUUUAUAGCUUUUCAAGCCAUGUUCUCCAGUUUUAAAAUGCAUAUUUUUUUUUAAAGAUAACAUAUAUGGUGAUCUGCAAAUAAAAAAUAAAGACGACUGGUGUGUAAUGUUUGAUAUGCAGGUUCCUUUUAUAUGGGAUUCAUCCUGCUUUAAUAUUUUAGUAGCAUUGUGUAUGUAUUUUCUGAUACAGUAAACACAAAGCCAAGUAGUAAGUUGUGUGUAUGUUUUAUAAGUUUGAUUUAAUUGGAGAAUGUGGCUUGUACGUUUUUAUUCUUGCUGGUUUCUUUUCCUAUUGUUUUUUUGACCACCCAUUGCAUUAUCUGUUGUUUUCAUAUCAUCUUUAGAAAUUGUUUACCUGCAUAGCUUUGUUUUUUUGUUCUUUUGACUAACCACACAUUCAUAUUGUGUUGCUGCAUUUUUUGUCAUGUAAGCAACUUUUUUAACUAUGGAUGCACAAAUAGUAGGAAUGUGCAAAUACUAAAGAGCCUACAUAUUGUGGCUAAAAUCCCCCCUCCCUUCCAUUUUAAGGUAGUAUGGUUUACCAGCUUCUAAUGUGAUUUUUACCUCUUACCCCAUCAGUAUGAUUAUUUAUCAUUUAUAGGGGUACUAUUGAUUUUUAUAUCAAACAAAAGCAUUGAUCCAUUAGAAUCAUAUUUAUCUCUCUUCAUAUGCUUUUUGAAGUUCAAGCUUAAGGGAAUUAAGUUAAAAUCCAAUUUCUAUUAAAAGAAAUAUAAAGUAAUGUAAUCUGCCUGUUGGUUGAGAUUAAACUGUUUUGAUGUAAAUAAAGGGUGUUUUAUGAAUGAUGAUACAAAUCUCAGUAGAAUAAAGGUGUGAUAUCCAGCCAUGGGUUUGCUUCUAUUUAUCACUGACAAAAUGUGUUGCCCUGGUUGUACAGCAUUUGUUAAUAUUAAUUUAAUGUAUAUAACUUAGUGCCGUACUUGGUACAUUGUGUGGAAUUCUUUGAAAAACAAAAUCCUGGUUGUUUAGAAUGAAUGUUCAGGUUUCAUGUACCGGUAACUAGUUUUAAAAAUCAGCUAAUAAAGUUUAGCAGCCUUCUCCACUUUAAAACAAAUAUUUUUGCUAAAGAUUAUUUUUAUUGAAAAGCAGUACGCUGAAAGAUAUUUUGUUAGCAAUAAGAAUUGUGGGUAUAAAGAAUUUUGGACCUCGGGCACUGUCUGCUUCUGAUGUAAUGUCUGACUUUUGUGUUUUUAUUGUCCAUUUUCAAUAAAAGUUGAUGCAGUUUGUUAAUUUGUA